AUGGAGGCUGUGAAGCCCCGUAAAAAAAAGGCAAAAAGAAUUCGCGAGCUCUCACCUCCUCCUCCACCUCCAGAUCUUUCUUUGAUUUCACCAAGUUCCUCCACUUCCUCAAACAUUCCCGUUUCUUCCAGAAAAAUUAAAGAGCAAGUAGGAGAAAGUACGUGUUCCGAAACGCCAGGGACUUCGAAAGAUGCGGACGGUGCUGUACAAACACAAGCUUUAAAUGAUGGGAGUUUUUCGCAUUCUGAACAGAAAACGGAUGGCAGUAAUUUAGUCAUGGACCGUAGUGAUGUUGCGAUAGAGCCGAAUGUUCUUGAUGAGCAUGAAGAGGGUUUGGAAAGUCUUAAAGACGAAGCUAUUCCUGUUGCGGUUCCCAAGUUAGACCUUUUUCCUCCCCCACUGGACAACAAGCAGCAUUCUUCGCUCACUGCAGAUGAUAACUUGGCUGAAAAGGAUGAAGGCAAAACAGCUUCAGUGUCACGGAUAUAUCCAUGUACGGAUGAAAUGGAUAUGACAGCCUCAGUUUCGUCAUUGACCAUUGCAAAAACGGAUAAUCCUUCUGUUCUUGAAGCACCGAGCACGAACAUUGGCUUUGACUACACUAAAAUUUAUCCUCUAGUCUCAGAACACAUUGAAUCGAGUCGUCAGUCACUUAUGACUGAAAAUCAGCUGCUUAGUUUCUAUCACAAUGAACUUUACGAAACCAUCGAAGAUUUUGUAGAUGCAUUUAUUGAGCAAGACAGCUGUCCGAGAAACAUGCUAUUUGACUACUUAGAAAGAUAUAAAUUCAUUUGUGAAAAGCUAUCAGAAGCAGAAAUCGAAACAAAAGAAUGCGAAGAUGCAAUAAAAAAGUGUUGUAGUGGUAUAUGGACUGCCGAAAAACGGGUGCAUCUGCAAACAGGAAAGUGUGGUGAUCAGAAGCUCGCGACGGGGAGUGUUGAAUACCUGGUAGCUACUUGUCACUGUAAUUCUAUUAGUAAAUUGCAAGAUUUGCUGAAGAAUGAUGUGAAACUGAGACUAGAUGGCUUGCUUUGUCGCGAAGUAGAGGCCCGUUCAUUAGCUCUUCAAAUCCAGUGGCAAAUCAUUGAUUUGAAUAAUAUGUUUAUGACUGAUUUUGGUGUAGCUAUAAAUAGUCCUCCGCAACUUAUUUCCGGAAACAUCGACUUACCAAGUCGUUGUCGACUACGAGGGGCACUUUCUGACUUGUUCUAUUUUUUGCGCUUUCCUUCGUUGCCAGUACGUUUCGUGAAGAGUGUGACAGGCUGGAUUAGUGAGCUGUGCGCUGUAUUGCUGAAGGCAUGCACGUACUUUGAUCAGCAUUAUAUUUUGUGUCAAGUACUACGGUUGCCUACUCCGGUUUCUAGCUGGGCGGCUCCUCUGGUCCAAACUUAUGCGAACGUGUCACAUGGUGCCGAUCGUCUUAUAAUUGACAAUUUCGUAUCAAUGCUUAGUAUAUUACUCUCUCCAAUUAGGGGGCGUGAAACGUUUUUGAAAUCAAUUCUUAGUUUCGAAGAAGAAGAUAGUUCCUGGACUAUAUUUAGUGAAGACCUUGACGAGGCAAAAUCAAAUCAAGCCGCGGAAGUUCUGUCAUUAAUUGCUUUUGAACUAGUGUUAUUGAAAAUUUUCAAUGACGGCCUGAGAGCAUACAGUCAACCCCGAUUUCGUCAGCUCUGCAAACAAAUUGGUCAUCUAUUGCGAAAAAGCGUAAUGUAUUUAGCUGACUUCUGGCAGUUGAAGAGAAGUAUUUUAGAUCCAGUCAGUCAACGUACUGUUCAGAAUGAGUUCGACCGAAUUGUUUUGCAGGCGCUGUAUUAUGUAGUCGGAAAAAGAAGUCUCGGUUUAUGGCAGUUCUUAAUUGACCUACCGUAUUCUGUUGUAAGUGAAACUUGUCGUUAUCGUUGCCAGCUUCUGCUAAGAAAUAAGGAUCUUUUAAGCCCUUCGCAACUCUACGAAAUAGCUGAUAACGAUUUGUCGCAGCAUCUGGAACGCGCUGAUAAGUUGGUGGAUCGUCUUUCAUGCUUAUCUAAAGAUGACAGCAAUUAUAUGGUAGUUGCCUUGGCUUCUGUAAUUUCAGCAUCGGAGUCGGGAAUUGAUGGCUUUUUGACUGAGCUAUGCUUUAUUGAUGAAACUACUCGUGAAAACUUUUACAAAGUUGGGGGAGAGGCUAUAAGUAUUUUGCUGGGUAGCCAUCCAGACUUACUCAGCCGCAUACUGUGUUUAAUUGAUCGGAAUAUGGAUAGUCUUGACCAGUACGCUGUUGAAGUUUUGAACACUGCGCCACUGUCGAAGUGUAUAGUCACUGAAACUGAUAUAGGAAGCGUCUGUGGGAAAUGGCUCAUAAAAAACCAUCCAGGCCAUGCAGCAUCGCGUAUUGCGAGGCGCGUGUUAACCUCAGUGAAUUGGGGGCUAACGUUUGAUGAUAGAUUAUGGCUUCCUGAAAAUGUACAUGCGGUGUGUGCUGAAACCGUCGUUAAGGGUCAUAUGGCUCAAUGUAAAAACACUAAUGGUUUUAUUGCGGAGUCCUUCCAUAAGAUCGCAAAGAUGGCUUCUAAAGUUCCUGAUUACGAAUACCAGUUCGAAGAAUUUUGUUGGGAUGUAUUAUUAAGGUUGAAACUGCCAAUUAAACGUGGUUUAACAGCUCCAUUCACUGAUCUCACCGCGUAUUACGUUUACAUUACACAAUCUUAUUUUUCUAGUUUGGACGAUUUCAUUUCUAAGGGGCUUCCACUUUGGUCAGACCUAGUGGCCGCUGGCUGUUAUAGUGCGUCAACUGUCAUUCUUGUUCGCUGUUUAGCAGAAAACACCGAUGUCACAAAGCUGCUUUCAAAAGAAAGGUAUGAGAGCUUCGUUCAAGAUCUUGAUCGUCUUUUGCACUGUGACCAGUCUUCAUAUGCUGUGCAGCUUUUUGCUGGGUCUGACCAGUUUCCAGGUCCAACAAUCAGAUUGUUUGAAGGUGCAAUGGCUCACUGCUUUAAUGUUAACUUUUCCAACGGUGUAAUGGAGGCGUGGGUAAAUCUGUUAUGUUAUAAAAAACUUCAUAAAUGGACGAGUGAUAGGCCUGUUCUUUACCUUUUUGGCUUCUUAUGCGAAUAUUGCUUUUCGAAAGAUCAGAACAAUAUGCUGGGGCUUAUCGACUUGCUGCAGAAGUUGUAUUUGACAACUUUAGAGCAAUGGAAAAAAAAUUCGAAAGGAAUUUUCUCAUGGUUGACUAGUGAUGGUUGUCCUCCUCCUGCAAUAUCUUCAGCUAGUUUCGGUCUUGUCCCGUGGGCAUCAUAUGUUUUAUUACUUGUGGAAGAAAGGAGUUUUCGUGUUUUCUAUGAUACGUUGUAUGCAUCUUUAGCAAAACAUCCGGAAUAUUCAUUAGAACAGUGUGUGAAGAAGGCGUCAUCUAAAUCUCAUAUUCCACUGCAAAUUGAACGUUUACAUUUCUUCCGUUGGUUGGAGUUGGCAUGUGCUGAAGAAGUUGAAAAACACCCUUGUUUCCCUCUCGUUUGUCAGAACUUUGCUCGCAUUCUUUUUUCCAGGAAGCAUUCAAAUUCUGGCGUUUGUUUCGCAAAUCAGUAUUUUGGUUUCUUGUCCACUUCACCAUUGUUCACGAAGUUUCAUAAAGAAGUCUUACCUCGUGUGGAAGUAUCGGUAGCUAAGACCAAUAGUGAGGCUGGUUGUUUUUAUAAGGCACUUGGUCAGUGGCUAACAACUGUUGCCUUACGUGACUCAAAGUUUUCAGCUUUUGAAGGACUGCUUUCUGAUCAUCUUAUCCAACUUCUGGUUGCUGGAGAUACGCAAUCUUGGAUACAGUUUGUUGAUUUGGAAAGUAUUUGUUCGAGGCAGGCUGCUGGCCAGAAGCUUUAUGCAGCUGUACGUCAUUUGGGUGUGGUAAACUGUCCAACCAGACAACCGUCUAGUAAACUGACUUUGUAUGAAUAUCUGUCGUCUUUAAACACGACCGACCAAACUGCUCAGUUUCCGGCUAUACCAUUUCACACGUCACUUUCAAGGAGAAUACCUAUUAAUUUGGGAAAUGAUAAUAAUGAGCUUUGCGUCAAAAUAUUUCGGCAACAACUGCAAAAUAUAUGCGCUUUAGCCAGAAAUUACAUAUCGUUUAAAGACCAAGUUGACGAAAUUGAUUCUGAUUAUGUAUCAAAAUUUCCGCAGUUAUACAAAGAUUCAACAGUUUCGUUGCCAGUUGUCUUGAAGUGUGGGGGUACAUUUGCCACCAGAUGUUCUCAACCUGUAACCGUAACAGUUUCCUGUUCAGUAAGCCAGUUUCAGACAAACAUAGAAUCUGUUAUGAACAGUAACAGGCAGGAGCGGUCAAAUGUAGUGGCAAAUACAAACGUUCAGUUACUCGACUCUUCUGCCUUGUCUUGUGCCCAUCUGGAGUACAUAGCAGUAACUUUGGCUAGUUUUGAAGCUGAUACUAGUGUUGUAAAGAACCGAGUGAAAGAGUUGGGACGCUGUCUUUUUUACCAUUUACUUGAGACUGUGUCCUCAGUAGAAAUGCUUUUCGAUGCAUCUGCUUAUACUUUCGCUAACGUUUUAAAAAGUCUCGGCGAAGCUUUUAUUGCUAGAAAUUCGUCAGAGCAGACUCGGCUUAUGAAUGUUGCUUUAAACUGUAGCCAAAUGAUCCAUCUUAUAGCCCCUUUUUUUACUCCGGAAUAUGUAACCCCAUCUGAAUUAGUGGUGAUAUAUAAGACACUUAGUCACGCAGUUCGAGUUCCAACGACUUCGGCAUUAGCAAUGACUCUUCUUUCUCGUCUGGAUAUAAAAAAUGCUGGCGAAAGGCUUCCUCCUCAACAGUUUUCGGAACUUAUGCCUUUUGCAUUUGAGAACUUAAUAUCUAUUAAUGAUGAUGACCUGCAGCUUUAUACGCUCUGCUUUGACCAUUUUAUACAUGCUUUGUUCCAUCAUUUUCCGACAAAUUUUCUUUCUGGAUUGUCUCUUUGUCUGGCAGCUUGUGACAGUAACAGUACUCCACCUUCGGUAUUCCAAAAAAUAAUAGACUAUUUGGGGGCUCAUUUGCUUGAUGAUUUGAAUGGCAAACCAUUAUUUUCAACUGAUUUGAAAACUGCUCGGUUGGGAAGUGAUGCUCUAGCCAAUCAGAUGAUUAUUUCUCGUAACGAACUCGGUACUCGUUUGUUCUAUGUAUGGUCUAAAUAUUUAGUAUAUGUAUGCCAUCUGUCUGAAUUUUUUAUUUACAAGAGCGCUUAUUUGUCAUUCGAUUCGACCUUGCCGCCAGGCAAGAUUGAAGGCGAACUUCAGAAUAGCUUUGAGAGAGCUACACGCUUUUUUGGUCCACUACUUGAGCCUUUUGGUCCGGGUACUGCACCGUGGAAUCAGAAUGACGUUGAAAGGGCAGCAUGCGUCGUUGACAAGUUCACUUCCUUAAUGAAACGUUUGCAUGUUCUUUACGAUGUCUGCCUUCCUCCAGGGUGUGCAAAUCUCGAAGCACUUUUGUGGCAUUAUUAUGCCACGAAAAUUGCAACUAUCAGCACUAGCUGCCCUCAUAUUUAUCAGUUAUUGGAAAGUCAUCUCACUAGCAUUUCAUGGCAUUUAUUUUGGCCCAACCUGAUUCAUUUGUCUGCAAUGAAAAAAGUUUUAAGUGAAUCUUCACCUGACUGCGGUUCCUUUGUUACUCAAGUUUUCAUACGAGUUCCGUGGCAGACAGUCAUCCAGCAAGAAACUCUACAGCAACCUGAGGAUGGUAUUCGUGCUUUGUUUGGGUUGCUUUUAUCUAUAAUUACUCGUUGUGUCAGUAAUCCAGGCAAUUAUGCAGCUUGCCCAGCUUCGCUUCCAAAAUUGUUUACUGCUCUUGCUGGUUGCGACUGGAGCUUGAUUAAAAUUGAUGACCUCAAGGCAGAAUCUGCAUACAUGAUUACGUAUCUUCCUUCAUCUUGCAUUACACAACCAAAUGACGUUACAGCUGGAUUUUUCACGUUACUUCGACAUAUCUGCUUCUAUUCGACAAUUCCUGCUGACAUAGUUCCUCUUGAAGAAGAGUACAAGAAGCAAGCGAUUUAUUUACGUACUCGGUUGAGAUUAAUGCUGCGUAAUGUGGUCGACGUAAAAUGGGCAACAAAGUUUUAUUUGGAUGAAGUUGCGAUUUCGAAGGCUAUUAUUGCUGCAAGAAAGGCUCUGGUAACUAAUUUGUGUGAAUGGAUGGAAAAGAAUAACGAAUCUCAUUUGGUUUUGUUGGUUAUGUACACAGUUGUGGGGUCAUUAUAUGAAAACCAGAUUGUGACGGGUCUUAAAGUUGUGGAGAAGUGUAUUGCCGCAUUUUUUCACCGUGCCAGUGAAUGCAAGUGGGAAACUGUUGUUGAGUGGGCUGUUCUGCCUGAGUCAUGUCAGACCUAUUUAUACACGAUCCCGAGUUCUGAGAAACCAAUAACGCCAUUAUUGCUCACUUUGAACGUAUAUUUGCUUCAGCGACUUCGGAAAUGCACCUCAGCAGCCGAAGAAACUUUGCUUCUGAAAAAAUUUCUCGAUUACAUGACAAAUUUGAAGCCAAAGUAUGUUGAAAAUGAGGCUGCGUUUAUUGUUUUACUUGAUAAGCUGCAGAAUCUUGUCAUUCGCCAGUAUGGUUACAGUGUUAAAAUGGGAUCUGAGUUUCUAACUCGUUAUUUAGAGUGGCUGGAAAAGACAGUUACGGAAGAAAAAAAUGCGUUUUUUUUAUCAAAGCUUCUUGCGAAGAAACAGUCAUUUCCGCAAAGGACUCGAUUAAUAUGUCAAGUAAUGCAGCUUUACUUGACUCAACAAACAGUUUCACCAGACCAGCCGCCAAGGAGUACGCCAAACGCCCCGGUUUUGAACAGUCGUAUUGCGGCAGCGAAAGAACUGCGUUCAAUGAAAACGUAUGGUAGUUACCAACCAGUGUUAGCUCAGGUUUUGCCUUUUUUUGAACAGUUUCAGACAUAUCAUAUUGGACAUGUGAAUAAACUUUUAUUUGUUCUUGUAAAAGCCUUGUUUUCUGAGAGCUUUAUGAGUGUUCUAAGUGAACUUGUUCGUGGUGGAUUUCGAUAUCGUAGUGAUAGUAGGGUUGCAAUACUAGUCCCUUCCAUUUUUUCAACAAACUUUUAUAAAUGUGACGUAUCAGGCAUAGUUCAAAGUGGUAUUUGCCGGGAACCCGCGGAGUAUAAGCGGUUGGAGGAACAAGAGAACGCAUUCACCGCAGGGAGUACGAGGAGAAACAAAGCAAAAACUCCAGCCCUUCCCAAAGAAAAGAAACUAGCGGAGGGUGGUCGGGAGCAAAUUGAUGACCUUAGUUACAUGAUUGAAAGAUCGCAUAUUAGAUAA